AACGUAUCAGUUCAGAUGGCAGAUUCAGAAGAACUAUGGGAAAGACUUGCAAGAAAACUCAACAGGACAUCAAAUAGGAAAGCUAAAAGGAACAAAUCUAUCUGGAAUUUUCAGAAUAAAAUAAUCCUCUUUACAGUAGUCCUCUUUAUUGUUGGUGUUAUAACGUGGACGUUAUUGUGGCUCUUUAUUGUGCAGGCAGAAAGCAAGGAUGCUUUGUACUUUGUUGGAUUAUUUCGGGUUGCCAAUAUCGAAUUUCUCCCUGAGUAUCGGCAUAAGGAAUCUAGAGAGUUCCUCUCUAUAGCACAGAAUGUUCAGCAAGUGAUGAACUUGGUAUAUACCAAAUCUGCUUUCUCCAAAUUUUAUAAGCAGUCCAUUGUCUCAGAUGUCAGUAAUAACAACAAUGGGGGACUACUUGUGCAUUUCUGGAUUGUGUUUGUGAUGCCACAGGCUAAAGGUCCAGUCUUUUGUGAAGACUGUGUGGCAGCUAUUUUGAAGAACUCAAUUCUAACAAGCAUCACAAAUCGAACUUCAAUAGGGAGUCUUCAAGGCCUGGCUGUUGAUAUGGACUCCAUUGUGCUUAGCGUUGGGCUCCGAUCAGAUUACUCUUCAACAACUGGAACAGGUACAAACUGCAUAUAUGAUCUGUAUGCAGACCGACUGCAUCAACACUUUCCACUGGAUAUUUCAGAAAAAUCAGGAAGAAUGAUCUGCUAUUUCAAAUUGAUAGCAUUGGUUGGCUACCUCAUUCGUCUUACUAUAGCAUCUAUUCAGCUUGAAGCUGAUAACUGCAUCACAGAUUCAUUGACCAUUUAUGACUCUCUGAUGCCAAUCAGAAGUAAGAUACUAUAUCGAAUUUGUGAACCAACCAAUUCACUCCGGUCUUUUGUUUCUACUAAUAAUAUGAUGCUGGUGACACUGAAGUCUGCUCAAAUGAGGAAUGCAAAGGAAUUUCGUGGCUACUUUGAAGUCAUUCCACAAGAAAAAUGUGGCAAAGCGAUAGUAGCAUUAGGAAAUACCCGCUUUGAAGGAAGAAUCAUGAGUCCAUAUUACCCAAGCUACUACCCACCAAAAUGCAUUUGUUCUUGGACUUUUCAGACUCCACAGAAGAACUUCGGUAUAGCACUGAAAUUUCAUAACUAUACUAUCAAUGAAAAAAGCAUAAAAGGCUGUGAGCAUGGGUGGUGGAAAAUUAAUGAACAUAUGUACUGUGGCUAUUACAUUGAUCAUCCAACAAUAUUUCGUGUUGCAAGCUUUGGGGUCAAUGUUGAAUUUCAGUGUAGUUCCAAGAUUUCAGAGAAGCCACUCCUUGUGGAACAUGGGAUCUACAACAUCAGUCAACCAUGUCCUCUUGGAUCUUUUGAAUGCGGCACUGGUUUUUGCAUCCAAAGAUACCGGCAUUGUGAUGGGAUCAAUGACUGCUUUGAUGAAAGUGAUGAGCUCUUCUGUACAUCAAAACAAAACUGUAGCACUAAUUUCUUAAUGCAACACCAUUCAAUUUUUUGUGAUGGAAUAAAUGACUGUGAAGAUGGCCAAGAUGAACAACACUGUACUGAAAGUGUUCCAUGUACCAACAAUACCUUCAAGUGCAGAAACAAUGUUUGCUUCAUGAAACAAAAUGCAAGAUGUGAUGGAAUUGUAGAUUGCCUUGAUCGAAGUGAUGAAAGCAAUUGUAGCUGUGGCAGCACUAAAUACACCAAUGGACAUCUCCGGAUUGUGGGGGGUUCGGAUACACAGGAAGGCGAAUGGCCGUGGCAAGUCAGCCUCCAUUUUGCUGGAGUUGCAUAUUGCGGGGGAUCGGUUAUAUCAAAAGAAUGGCUUAUCUCAGCUGCCCAUUGUUUUCAGGGGAAUAGGUUAUCAGACCCUAGAAUCUGGACAGCACAUCUGGGGAUGCGUACUCAAGGAAAAGCCAAAUUUGUCUCUACCCUGAGGCGAAUCAUAAUCCACGAAUACUAUAAUAGCCAAAAUUAUGACUACGACAUUGCCUUGUUGCAGCUAAGCACACCAUGGGUUGACACAAUGAGAUCAUUAAUUCAGCCAAUAUGUCUACCUCCUGCCACAUUCAGAAUGCAUCCUGGGGAAAAAUGCUGGGUAACAGGAUGGGGACAGAAACAAGAAGCAGAUGAUGAAGCACCAACAGUUUUGCAAAAAGCAGAGGUAGAAAUUAUUGAUCAAACAUUGUGCCACUCAACAUAUGGGCUUAUCACAGCCCGUAUGCUAUGUGCUGGGAUGAUGUCAGGCAAAAGGGAUAGCUGUAAGGGAGAUUCUGGAGGACCUCUGUCCUGCCGAAGCAAAGGUGAUGGCAAGUGGUUUCUCAUAGGAAUCGUCAGCUGGGGGUAUGGCUGUGGAAGAUCUAAUUUCCCUGGAGUAUACACAAGGGUGUCAAAUUUUGCUACAUGGAUACACAAAUAUGUGCCUUCUGUUUUUUAACUGAGCACUGAUUACAUUUUAUGCAUCACCAUUUCUGCAAUUAUCAUUCAAGUGAUAAUACUUGAAGCAUCUUCAUUAAAACCAUGUUUAAU